UUCUUUUCCUUGUUCCGGGUGUUGGGUGAUGACUUUAAGUUAAUGUUAAGCCGGUGCUUACCAGCAAAAGGAAUGAAAAAGAGUGGGAAGCUCCGUUUUGUUUUCUCUUUUUGUGAUGUCAAGUUGUGUUUCUUUCUGAAAUGUCUUGCUUUCUAGCAGGAAAGCAAGAGUUUUUUCUUUCCUUCCUUUCUCUCAUUCAUUCAUUCUUCCUCAAGCUUUGAUGAGAGCAACUGUAUUGCUUCCUUUCUUAUGUUUUAUGAUACUUGGGCUUUUCUGUUUCCUCGGUUUUUGGUUAUGCUGAUUGCCAUCAUAAGCAACGAGGACAAGCUCUGUUCUUCCUUUUUCUGCUUCUCUUUGUUUUGAGUUGAUAAUCCCAAUUGUUUUGUUGGACCUGAAAUUUGAAUUCGUUGGAAUAAGCCAUCUUUGCAAAUGUCAGAUGGGCGGCGUCAUUCUGUUGAUAUCCCUAUUUCAAAAGCUCUAGUAGCACUUAGGAGGGUCAGGUCAUUGAGAGACCCAUCAACUAACCCUUUGAGCAAAUUCUCUUCUUUUGCUGAUAAUUUGACAUGGGAAACUGAUUCUUGCAAUGUGGCUUCAGCACGCUUGUUAAAUGGUUACCGAGAAGUUGGAUCACACAAUCACGGUUUUCUUGGAUCCCAGAUUUUUGAUUUGGAUGGGAGAAGAGAGGAAUUUGGCAGUGAUCCUGAAUUGCAUUAUAGUUCCAGAAAGCAUAAUGCUAAGCCAAUCUCAUCCAAGAGAUCAGACUGUGUUAAAGACGAGGGCUUGGGAUCUACAAGGGCAAAAAUGGUUGAAGAACCGGGUCAUCUUAGAUCAAGUAGAAAUGGGCUCUAUGGGAAUAAAUCAUCCGGUGAAAGAUAUACUAGUAAUCAGUGUGAAAAUUCAUUAGAUCGGACAUUUAUUCCACCUUCUAGUGGUCAUUUGGAGGAUGUGGACUCGUAUAGUGAAAACACUAUUGAAUCAUCAAGGUCACAAAGAAUUGAUUCUACUACUACAAAGAGGAAAUUGAAAUCUGGUAUACCAGAUAAAUCACCUCGGGUGGAAAGAGAGGUUGGGAGUAGUGUAGGUAGUCCAUAUCCAUCUGUAUGUGAUGCUCGAAUGGAUGGAUCAAGCCAUAGCACAUCAUUCUAUGCAAAUGAAGAGGUGGAUGUUUUGGAUCACUACCACCCUGGAUGUGGGAUUACUUGUUGCUGGUCAAGAACUCAAAGACUUAGGGAAUCAAAUCUUCCUUCUGAUGUAGAGGACCACCCCUUGUUAUCUGCAGGAGGGGAGACAGGUCUGUCUGGACAACAGAGGAGCUGCAAACUUAUCAAGAGAGAAUUUGCUCCAUAUUCAGACAAUCCAAGAAGUUUUUGCCAGAAAUUCAGACCAAGAUCCUUCAAUGAGUUGGUGGGACAGCAUGUAGUGGCCCGUUCUCUUUUGAGUGCCAUUUCAAAAGGUAGAAUAACAUCAUUUUAUCUUUUCCAUGGUCCCCGUGGCACAGGGAAGACCUCAACCUCAAGGCUCUUUGCAGCAGCUUUAAACUGCCUCUCUCUUGAGGAGCAUAAGCCAUGUGGAUUAUGCCGAGAGUGCACAUUGUUCUUCUCCGGAAGAAGCAGAGAUAUUAAGGAAGUGGAUCCUGCAAGAACCAAUCGGGUGGAUAGGGUCAGAUCACUCCUUAAAACUGCGGUUCUCCCACCAAUUUCUUCACGUUUUAAGGUCUUCAUCGUCGAUGAGUGCCAUUUACUGCAAGGGGAAGCAUGGGCAACUGUUUUGAAUAGCCUGGAGGACCUCCCUCGACACGUUGUCUUUGUGAUGAUCACUGUUGAUCUGGAAAAACUGCCACGUAGUGCCAUAUCACGAUGCCAAAGAUAUCACUUCCCAAAAAUCAAGGACGCUGAAAUUGCAAGCAAGUUGGAAAGAAUAUGCGUUGAAGAAUGUUUGGAUUUUGACAAGGUUGCUUUGGACUUUAUUGCUGCUAAAUCUAAUGGAUCACUUCGUGAUGCCGAGAUGAUGCUUGAUCAGCUGAGUUUGCUUGGGAAAAGGAUCACAAUAUCAUUGGCUUAUGAACUUAUUGGAAUUGUUUCUGAUGACGAGUUGCUUGAUUUGCUUGAUCUUGCAUUAUCCUCUGACACUUCAAAUACAGUUAGAAGGGCUAGGGAGCUUAUGAAAACAAGGGUUGAUCCCAUGCAGCUAAUAUCACAGUUAGCAAAUCUCAUCAUGGACAUUCUUUCUGGGAAGUGUCAGGCAGGAACUUCUGAGGUUGGAAGAAAAUUUUUUGGACGACAUACAUCUGAAGAAGACUUGCAUAAAUUGAGAAGUGCACUAAAAAUACUUUCUGAGACUGAGAAGCAAUUGAGGACAUCUAAGAAUCAAACAACCUGGCUCACAGUGGCUCUUUUACAGCUUAGUUCUGUAGAAUCCCCAUCAUUGGAUUCAAAUGAUUUGAGAGUUUGUUUCCAGACAACACAGGAGAAAGAUGAUGGCUUUUGCAGCACAUCUUCAACAGGAGAUAUGUUUAAGCAUUCUGUUUCUUGUUUCUGUGGCGACAAUAAAUCUCAUAAUUCAGAGAUGCACAGAAAUUGUAAAGAGAAAUUAGAAAUUAUUUGGAAGAGAGCAACAGAAAGAUGCCAGUCAAAUACACUUAGGAAAUUUUUACAGAAGGAAGGGAAGUUGACUUCCCUCUGUAUCAACCAAGGUCUGGCGAUAGCUGAAGUGGAAUUCUAUCAUCAAGACCACAUAUCUAGGGCAGAGAAAUCAUGGAAAUUGAUUGCAAAUUCUCUUCAACUUAUACUUGGUUGUAAUGUAGAAAUUAGGAUCAAUCUUGUCACUGGUGCUUCUGGAACAAAAAAUACCAAAUCAAAGAUUCCAUCAUUUUGUUUGUUGAGUUGUUCUGGUAGGAGGCGAGACACGUCAAAUUCAACCACAGAAGAUGGAAAUGACCAAUUAGAUAAUUCUGCUUCCACCUCUGGAAGAGUUAUUAAAAGGGAAAAGGUCAUUGAAACUUGCUCCUCUGAUUGCGGAUCUCAGUUCUCUCCUAUCUGUUCUCAUCAUAAAGCAGCAACUGCCACUAUCAGGAAUAGGGAAGGAAAUGCUCUAAGUACUGGAACAACCAGAUCUCUCGGGUCAGAGAAUGAUAUUCAGGGUUCCCAGUUAGGAGCUGGUUUUUGCAAAGAAGAGGGAAGUGACCGAGAGCAGGAUUUUGCAAUUCAAGAACCUGAGAAUCAGCCAAGCUGCUUCUGGUUCCACCGGAGACUACGCUCAUCCGAAUAUCAGGAAAGCUGUUUGAAAAUCCAGCAACACGAAAAUUUUGAACUAUCUAUCCCCCAGAAGGCAUCCUCUAAGACAUAUUUCUGUGCCAACGACCCUUACAUUCUAUGUUCCAGCUCCAAUACAUAUGGUAACAGCUCCAUGGGUGAAGAUAGCCAAAUAAAAGAUUCUCGGAUGAGUUCGAAGGUGCAUUGCUGGAAAGUCCCCAAGUUUCCUCUUAGGAAGGCUUCUCUACCAUGUACCACAGCGAAGUAAUUUUGUAAAAAGCCGGUGUCUGCAAACGCUCGUCUGCUUAUGGAGGAUGUGAGGUGCAAUAAUUGCCUCUCAGAUAUUGUAAGCAUAUCAUUGACUUCCGUGUCGUGUGCAUCUCCCAAAAAAAAAUUAUGUAUUCAUUUUGGGCCCAUCAAAAAGGGGAUUUACCAUAACCAAUAGAAGGCUGAAUGAUAUAUCAUCUUGGUAUUUUGAGAGGCUCCAGAAGUCUGGCUUUGUUAACUUGGUUUGAUGACUUUGAUCUUCUUCCCAAGGAAAACAGCAGAAUACCGAUGAAAAUUACUGAUUUUCGUA